UUUAGGGUUGUAGCGACUUGACUUUCGACUACCGAUGGCGUCCGUCAUGUCCAUGUCCUUACUCGGUCUAUCUCGCACCGCCCACAGAUCUUAUUCCUUUCUCCUUCCUCCUCAGUCACCCCACCCCCGCCGCCGAUGCUCCCUCUCCUUCAAUCUCGAAACCUCCUCACCCCAUGCCGCCCUCAAGCUAUCUCUCCUCCCUCGCCCCUUUCGCCCAAACCCCAGCGCCGCCCGAUCGCGACCCCCAAUCACCGCCAUUUUCACCGGCAUCGUCGAGGAGAUGGGGCGCGUCGACCGAAUUGGCCCCUCAGGCGACGCUGACGGUGGAUUCCAGAUUCGCAUAGCCGCUAGCACCGUCCUCGGCGGCGUCAACCUCGGCGACAGCAUCUCCGUCAACGGCACCUGCCUCACCGUCUCCGCCUUUGACCUCGCCGCCUCCCACUUCACCGUCGGCCUCUCGCCCGAGACCCUCCGCCGGACCGCCCUUUCCGAUCUCGCCUCCGGAUCCCCCGUCAAUCUGGAGCGCGCCUUGCAGCCGGUGUCGCGGAUGGGCGGCCACUUCGUCCAGGGCCACGUGGAUGGCACCGGCGAGAUCACGUCGUUUGUCCCCGAGGGCGACUCGUUGUGGGUGAAGGUGCGCGUCGCGCCGGAGUUGCUGCACUACGUGGUGCCCAAGGGUUUCAUCGCGGUGGACGGGGUGAGCUUGACGGUGGUGGGAGUGUACGAGGAUGAGUCCUGCUUCGACUUCAUGCUGGUAGCCUACACACAGCAGAAGGUGGUGAUCCCGUUGAAGAAGGUGGCAGAUAAGGUGAACUUGGAGGUGGAUAUAGUAGGAAAGUACGUGGAGAAGCUUCUUAACAAUAGAUUCGGUGAUGCAAACCCUACUUCUUCUUCUUCUUUCUGAUACACAAGUGCUGUGAACCUUGUCAUCCUGUCCAACUCUUUGAUUGAAAUAAUCUUUUUUACAACUCUGAUAGAGGUCUUGUAGUUGACUGCUCCUUCAUCCAAGUAUUAAAUUUAGUAUGGUUCCAAAAA